AUGGACCCUGAAUCCGAGGUCACGUUCGAGUUCGUGCCGGUGAUCCGGCAGUACAGGAGCGGCCGCGUCGAGCGCCUGCUCCCCGUAGACCCCGUCCCGCCCUCCGUCGACGCCGCCACCGGAGUCGCCUCCAGGGACGUCGUCUUCGACCCGGCCACCGGCGCGUGGGCCCGCCUCUACCUCCCCGCGCGCCCUCCCGGCGGCGCGGGCGACAGGCUCCCCAUCAUGGUGUACCUCCAUGGAGGCGGCCUCGUCGGCGGCUCGGCCGCGGACGGGCCCGAGCACGCGUUCCUCAACCGCCUGUGCGCCCGCGCGCGCGUCCUGGUCGUGUCCGUCGAGUACCGCCUCGCGCCGGAGCACCCCGUCCCGGCCUGCUACGACGACGCGUGGGCCGCGCUCCGGUGGGCCGCCGAGGGCGCCGACCCGUGGCUCCGGGACCGCGGCGACCGCGGCUGGAUGUUCGUGGUCGGGUACAGCGCCGGCGGCAACGUUGCCCACAACGUGGCGCUCCGCGCGGGCUCGGAGGCCGGCGCGCUCCCCCGCGGCGCCAGGGUCAGGGGCAUCGGGCUCCUGCACCCAUACUUCCUCUCGGCCGAGAAGGCCGACGGCGAGACGGAGCAGUCGUGGCUGAGGGGCAAGCUGGAGGAGCUGUGGCCGUUCGCGUGCGGCGGCCGCACCGCCGGGCUGGACGACCCGCGGGUCAACCCGGUGGCCGACGGGGCGCCGAGCUUGCGGCGGCUCGGUUGCGACCGCGUCCUCGUCUGCGUCGCCGAGGACGAGCUGCGGCUCCGGGGCAAGGCGUACCACGACGGACUGCUGGGGAGCGGGUGGGCGGAGGGCGACGUUGAGCUGCUCGACUCCAUCGGCGAGGACCACCAGUUCUUCCUCCGGGAGCCCCCGAGCGCGACGGCGCUGGUUCUCAUGGACCGGCUGGCCGCGCUCCUCGCCGCCGGCGCGAACCAGCAGUAG